UGAGAGAGAAGUCGUAGGGAGCACCGUGAAAACACACGGGACUUGUAUUCAGUCCAACUCGAUCCUCGAACUGGUCCCGUGUGCGUGGCGUGUGAUCGCGUCAGUUGCAGCAUCCGCGUGAUACUUGACAUCGUUCGUUUCGCGUUGCGCUUCCUUGCGACCAGAUACCGCGAGAUAAGCUUUCCAGACGCCAAGUCAAAUUUAUAGCAUUGUUUAUAUCAUCUGUUUUAAAACUGAUAAACAAGCGAGGCAAAUAAUGACCUAAAGGACAGAAAAAGGUCGACGGGAUUUGACUUGGUUUCUUCUUGAGUUAACUCGUAUUGAUAAAGCGGACAAUACGACGGGAAGGUUGAAGCUCGUCGAUACGAAAUCGAAACGAGUAGUGGUUCGCGAGACAACAGAUCCAUCAGCGAAGAUGAACGGCUUGACGGUUUGUUUGGUACUCCUCUCGAUGAUGCCGGGAAUUCUCGGCUCCUGUCCUGUGAUACGGCGAGUGCAAGGAGGAAUAGUGAGACAUAUAACAAAGGAUGGUAUUCUGCAAACUAUAUUCUUUUGUAGUCCGGAACGUCAACUCAAAGGUUACAAAGUACUGACUUGCACCAAAGAUGGGAAUUGGGAUCAUCCUAGUCCGAAAUGCGUGCCUCGCGAUAGAGAACUCCAUUUUCUGGACCCUGAUGUGAUCGUUUCGGAAGACAGCGAGCUACAAACCACGACGAAACUAAAGACGUCGGCUGAGAUACAUAAAUUAGAAAAACGCAGAAUCACGAGGGACAGCAAAAAUAAGGAGAGAAGAAGAAAGAAGCCAGCACGCGCGAAAUCCUUGUCAAACCUAUUUGCAGCGAAGAGGCUAAAUGAAACUGCAUUGUCUCAAUUGGACGAGGUCAGCUGUUUCACAAAGACCCACCGAAAAAAACUCAACGUGCCUUCGAUCGAAAACGCAUAUCUCGUCAAGUUCACCAAAAGGAAAAAGCUACUGCCGCCAUACAAUGAAGAUCCUGUUGCGAUUUACAAGUGCGAGGACGGUUACGAGUUUAUGGAUUCGAGGGAUAAAAUUUUUUGCAAGAACGGCACUUGGAGCAAACGUCGUCCGAAAUGCGUGAAAAAAAAUCAACUGUCGAUCGAAAAGGUGAAACGUUGCGAUGAGGGAACAGGUGAAUGCGAACACGUGUGCGAGGAUACUCCAACCGGUAUAAAGUGUUCCUGUUUCGAUGGCUUUCGAGCUGAAGGAUCCUCUUGUAUAGACAUUGACGAGUGUACCGAAGGAAUAUCGAAAUGCAGUGAUAUCUGUCGCAACGAACCUGGUUCCUACUCCUGCGAGUGUCAUCGUGGUUUUCAACUGGGAACCGAUGGUCACUCUUGCCAAGAUAUUAACGAGUGCCUUUCAAACAAUGGACACGGACCUUGCCAAGGCAGUUGUCGCAAUCUCGUAGGUGAUUACGAGUGCAGUUGCGCGGAUAUUCCUGGAUACAAAUUAGCCGCUGACAAUCACACUUGCGAAGACAUUGACGAGUGCGCUCUGAAUAAUGCAAAUUGCUCUCACGUGUGCUUGAACACACCUGGAAGUGUCUUCUGUCUCUGUCCGGAUGGCUUUUAUCUAACUGACGAUUGGAAGACCUGCCAAGACAUUGAUGAAUGCAAAACGACGUCAAAGAUUUGUGCAGAAGACACCGAGUGCGAGAAUACAGUGGGAUCGUACAAAUGCAUAAGUAAAGUACAUUCAAACAUGGUAACAAAGAUCCUUCGAGAAGGAGAUUACGGUAACGAGAGCAAGGACGACAACGAGGACGACAGUGACAACGAUAAUGAUUACGAAGAAGAGAUUACUGAAGUUGAGCAGAAUCCGCACAAGUGCGAGGACGGCUUCGAGAGGAACGAAAAUUUCGAGUGCGUGGAUGUAAACGAGUGCGUGGAGAAUGAAUCGCACGACUGUCAACACGAGUGCGUGAACGAGCCGGGCAGUUACCGGUGCACCUGUCGCGAUGGUUACAAACUCGCAGAGGAUGGUGGAACGUGCGAGGACGUGGACGAGUGCGCAAACAAGUCUGGACACACGUGUUCCCACAUUUGCCGCAAUACCAUCGGCGCGUACACGUGCGAGUGUCCUUCGGGAUUCGUCCUGGUGGACAACGCGACCUGCGUGGAACAGAGGACCUGCGCCAACCACAACCUUUGCUCUCUUGCGAAUACUUGCGAGGAUACCGAGGACGGACCGCGAUGCGUCUGUCCAAUCGGACAUCAGUUGUUGGAUGAUCGAGCGACUUGCGCGGACGUUAACGAGUGCCUCGAAAAGAAGCACGAUUGUUCGCACGAGUGCGUUAAUAUUCCCGGUAGUUAUAAGUGCGCUUGUCCGCGAGAUAUGAAGCUUCUCGAGGACGGCCUCGCAUGUGAAUAUGCGUGUUCUCGAGGACUUAGACGAGACGAUGACGACGACGAGUGCCGAGAUAUCGACGAGUGUCUCGAAGGUGAUCACGAGUGUUCGCAUUUAUGCCUCAACGAGUACGCAUCCUAUCGUUGCUCGUGUCCUUUCGGGUGGACCUUGGAGGACGAUGGUCUCACCUGCGAGAAGAUCAAUCCCUGCAUCGACUCUUUGUGCUCGCACUUAUGCAUCACGACAGGUUCCGGUUAUAGAUGCGAAUGUCUCGCGGGUUACUUUUUGGACGAGGACGGCAGCACAUGUAAAGAUAAGGACGAAUGCGAGGACGAGACGGCGAAUGCCUGCAGUCACGAUUGUAAGAAUCUCGAGGGAUCUUACACGUGUUCCUGUCCGACAGGAUUCGACCUUGGAGAGGAUAAUCGUACAUGUAUUGCCAUCGUCCAGGACGAGUGUACUCAGGAUAAUAACAAUUGCACCUGUCCUGCGGGAUAUUCGUAUUCGCAUAAAGAGCACAUUUGCAAGGAUAUCGACGAGUGCCAGAACGAGCGAGAACACAAGUGUUCUCAUGCCUGUAUUAAUACUAACGGUUCCUACUUUUGCGAAUGUCCUUUCGGUUGGCGUCUGCAGGAAGACUCUAGGACCUGCCAGCAACUGUCGGACGAUCCUUGCGUCCAGGAUCACGGUUGCUCACACACGUGCGAGCAAAACGACGGACGGAUUCGUUGCGGCUGUCCGGAAGGAUACGAGCUGCAGGACGACGAGAAGACUUGCCGAGACGUGGACGAAUGUUCCGAUGGAUCUCACGCGUGCAGUCACGCUUGCGUUAAUAUCGAAGGAGCUUAUCGUUGCGAGUGUCCUUCAGGAUUUCAACUAACUAACGAUCGCAAAAAUUGCCAGGAUAUCGAUGAGUGUUCCUUCGAGGACACCGGCUGCUCGCACGGAUGCUUGAACACGAACGGCGCUUUCAAUUGCACCUGUCCCGAGGGAUACGAGCUGCAGGACGACGGGAGGACUUGCGAGGACAUCAACGAGUGUAUCCGGAAUAAUGGAGGGUGUUCGCACCUGUGCGCGAACACGGAAGGUAGCGUCGAAUGCGCGUGUCCCGACAACUACAAGUUGUUGAAGGACGACGGUAAAACGUGCGUCGAGAUAAACGCGUGUUCGAUCGACAACGGAGGGUGCUCGCACUUCUGUCGUCACGAGAACGGUCUGGGAUCCUGCUCGUGUCCACCCGGAAUGAUCUUGUCCGAGGACAACGCGACAUGCACGUAUGAGAACGAGUGUCUGAAUGAGAAUAACGGUGGUUGUUCCCAUCUGUGCUAUUACGAGGAUGGAAACGUCACUUGCGCCUGUCCCUCUGGUAUGUCCUUGGCGGAGGAUCGGAAGCUUUGCAUACGAGAAGACGGAUGCAAGAUCGAUAACGGCGGUUGUUCUCAUUUAUGCCACGAUAACGACGGCAACGUGACAUGUUCGUGUCCCGCGGAAAUGUUCCUGUCGCAGAACGAUGAUACUGUCUGCGUCCACAAAAAUCGAUGUCUAAUUGAGAAUGGCGGAUGCUCGAACGUCUGCGUCUUCGAAGAGGACUCGAUCAUCUGCAAGUGUCCCGACGGUUAUCGUCUGUCAUCGCAGGACAACGCGACCUGCGUGGACAUUGAUGAAUGUCUGGAACUGCGAGACAAUUGUACCCAUCAAUGUCUGAACACUCCCGGCGCUUUCAACUGCACCUGCAACGUCGGUUUCACGCAGAGCCCUCAGGAUCCAACUCUCUGCGACGACAUCAACGAAUGCGAGAAGGAGAACGCGGGAUGUUCACAUUCGUGCGCGAAUCUCGUAGGUUCCUUCCAGUGUUCGUGUCCAGCGGAAUAUAUUCUCGAGCGAAAUAAUAAAACUUGCGUUUUAAUGGACGGCUGCAGGCGCGACAACGGCAAUUGUUCUCACUACUGUCAUCAGGAGGAGGAUCCCGACAAAGCUGCAAUCUCGAGCGUCAGUUGUUCUUGCCCGCUCGGUUUCCGCCUGAAACGUGAUCUGAAAACCUGCGAAGAUAUCGACGAAUGCGAGGAGUUUGAGAACGACGUGGAAUCGGGUUGCUCUCACACAUGCGUGAACACCGAGGGCAGUUAUCGUUGCGAAUGUCCCCCCGGUUAUGCCCCGAUGCCGAACGACAGGAAGAAGUGCGCGGACGUGGACGAAUGUUUAACCGAUCGUCACAAUUGCACCCACGAAUGCAUCAACCUGCUGAGCGAUUACAUGUGCGUCUGUCGCAGGGGAUAUUACUUGCACACCGAUGGAUACACCUGUCUGGACAUCGACGAGUGUCAGGAACGAAACGGCGAGUGUUCCCAUGUCUGCACCAACACUAUUGGCGGCCACUUCUGCUCCUGUCCGACAGGCUACGAGUUGUCCCAGGACGAGAAAACCUGUGUCGACGUCGACGAAUGCGCGAGCAAUAACGGUGGUUGUGAUGAUAAGACAUGCGUCAACACCAUGGGAUCUUUUCGCUGCGAAUGUUUGCCAGGUCACGUACCGCGGAACGGAUCCUGUCGACCGUCCGAUCCUUGUCAGGACGAGGUUAACGGCGGCUGCGAACAGAUUUGCGUCGCGGUGAACGGCACCGCGAUGUGUUUGUGCGAGGAAGGUUUUCAAAAGGGUGGGAUCGAUGGUUCCGAGUGUCACGACAUCGACGAAUGCGAGGGACAGCACGAUUGUGAUCAUAUUUGCGUCAACAAACCUGGCUCUUACGAGUGCAGAUGUAAGGAAGGAUUUCGGAUGAUAAAUUCUACUUGCGUCGACGUCGACGAAUGCGCGGCUGGUAUCUGCAAGGGCAACAAAUGCACCAACAUACCGGGCGGUUAUCGUUGCGAGUGCGAGACGGGGUAUCGAUUCCACAACGAUACUUGUGUAGACAUCGACGAAUGCAUCGAAAGAGCUCCUUGCAGCGAGAAAUGCGUCAAUACACCCGGUUCGUAUUAUUGCACGUGCCCUCUCGGAUAUCAAUUGCAAGGGAACGAAUGCGUAGAUAUCGACGAAUGCGAGUGGCACCAUGACGGAUGCGAUCAAGAGUGCAUUAAUACCAUGGGAUCUUUUAUUUGCGCUUGUCGUUCUGGAUACACGUUAAUUUCAAGAAAGCAAUGUCAAGAUGUGAACGAAUGUCUAAACCAAAAUGGCGGCUGCACCGGUGAGUGCAUCAACACCGCCGGAAGUUACUACUGCACUUGCGAUGUGGAUUUAGUGUUGGCACCCGAUGGGAAAACUUGCGUCUCGCCGACAUCGGGAUGUCAGUCCAUGGAACCACCUUUACACGGAGAGAUUAGAUGUCCCGGUCACUCUUCCGGCGCAUCCGUCUACCCUCAGGGUGCCAAGUGUCACGUUCGAUGUCGCGGAGGAUUCCGAUUAGAAGGGGCGCACACGAGACAGUGUGUUAGCAAUGGCCGAUGGAACGGGAAGGAGCCUAUCUGUCUGCGCGAAGUUGCGACAGACUCCCUUUACAAUCCAAACACGCCACGACCGUUCGUGAGCUGCCCCCAGGAUAUGGACGUCGAACUGCCGGCUCGGCAAAACACUAUACGAGUAACUUUCCCGCAACCAAAGUCCAACAUGAACUGGUGGAGAUACGUACACGCCUCACCCCCAUGGGCGAAGCAAUUGCAAGCGGAUCUGCCGGCGGGGACGACGGUCGUUACCUUUACGGCGUGGUCGCCGGUCUCUAAUUACACCAGCACCUGUAGAAUUGUGAUAAGAGUACGCGAUGCGGAUAAUCCUAAGGUUACAAUGUGCCCCACGUCCUUCGAAGUCAGAUUGAGUCCGGGAGAGCGAAAUCGUCUGAUAUUCUGGCAAGAACCGACGUUCACCGACAACGUUGGAGUGGAACACGUUUAUAAAACGAGGGGUCCAGGACACGUGAUGUAUCCCGGAGUUCACAGCGUGCGCUACGUCGCCUCGGAUGCAGCCGGAAAUCGAGCCGAAUGCCAUUUCUCGAUACACGUGAGAGAGUCCGAGGAGAAUCAUAAUUCCGAGCCGAGAUUCUACAGAAGAAAGAUGCUGAUGUGUCCCGGCAGGCCGCCCCAGCCCGUGCCGAGUUCCUCUUACGGCUGGCAAAUACCGAGCGGUUGUUACCUGAGGUAUACCAGAAUCUUCUCGGGAGCUUAUCAACGGCAUCCGGAACGUUGGCGGAACAGUUAUCAGGAUGCUGGUGCUUCUUAUCGUCGACUUCCGCCCAUCCAGAUCCAGAGUCGCCGAGACGUUGCUUUACCGUACAACAACAAUUAUCGACACUCCAGGAGACAGCAUCACCCCUGGCAAGCACGGGAGCAGCAGCUGUUGCGCCGGCAAUAUUGGCAACGCGCUACGAGGACCGAUCACGUAGUUUCGCCACCGACUCAUUACGGCUCGGGCCGCGUCGAGACGAGAAUAUUGCCGCCGCCGCGGCAUGAAUGUUGCACGUAAGGGCCACAUGAACGACGUGUAAUAAGCGAACACUUUCAGAUACAACAACAGCGAACAUAUGAGAAGAACCGCUGUAACUGACGCGCUGUAAAUGUUAAGAAAAUGAUGUUUUUAUCUAAAUAUUAUAUAUUGCGAUAUGAAGGAUGUUGUAAUUAAAUGGCGGUUAAUUAUUCUUCGCGCCAACAGACUUAUUGCGUACUUGGAGAUUAUUUUUCACGUUUCCUGCAAACUCGCGAGAAUUGCCUUAAGAAUUUUUUUAUCCAUUAUUUCUUUUUUAAUGUAAUAUAGGUCGAAGGAAAAGACGACGAUUUUUUUCCAACGAUAUACGGGAAAUACGCGAACUAAAAGACGAAUGGAAAAAGACUGGCACGUAAUUAAAAAAAUUAUAGAAAAGCAAUUGUUAAUUGGUAAUUGCAUCUUGAGAAAAUCAACAGAACUUCAAUCAGUCCUGUUACGUAAAGAAACAUGUGACAUUAUUUAUCGAGAGAAUAAAAUAUUAUAUUAAUAUUCAAGAUAUUAUUACACUGCUUAUUUAAUAUCGCGUGUAUAUCAAUUGAUAAGAUACUCAAUAAUUUUGAAACCGGUAGUACAUACAUAUAUUAUACGUAUAUAUAUGACGCAUUCGCAUCUUUCCGCGUCAGUAUUAUAUCGUUGCUUAAUGUCGCGUCAGUUCGCUCGCGUGUGACUUUGACAGAGACACAGCGCUGAUCCUGUCUAUUAUGUAACCUGUCAGCCGGUGUAUUCGAUGAGAAUCUUAUUAGUGGGAAAAGGCCACAGCCUCGUUAAUUAUCGCGGAAUAUUUGGAGAAUGUUACAUCAUAUGAGUUCGCAAUUCUCGCAGGUGAUGACAUAACGCGCUGUUAAUUUCCGUUUAACGUAAAGCGGGACUCGAUAACGCGAAUUUCGCAUUUACGUUACAUUUCGCGGUACUACUAUCUACCGGAGAGAGUGCAACCAUCUGCGGUUGCGAUAAAAAUUAUAUUA